UCUCCCUAUAUAUGUUGCAGAUACAACCAUUUCCAACCGAUAACUCCUUAAGUAGCUAGACUUUCAGCACUCGAAACAAACUAAUACAUCCCCUUUAAAGCGUCUCUCACUCUCUAACAAAGAUGGCACAAGAAGGUUCUGAAGGUUCAGUUGCGAAUUCAUCCUCAACAUCAAACUUUUGGGACCUCCAAACAAAUUCUCUCUCAAAUUCAUGGACUAAUGUAAUACCAACAUGGCACCCACCUAAUAAUAAUCGAAACUCAAACUCUUCAUGUGAAGAAGAAAUUUCCAUUUCAAAUUCUUUUACCAACACAUCUAAUCACUCCGGCUUAAGCGACGAUAAUUCUUCUCAUCAUCAACUUGUCAGACCCCCGUCUUCCAAUGAACUUACGGGUGAACCAACGUCUGAGAAUCAUCUAUGGAGCCAUGUUUUAUUAGGUGCUGGAAACAAUGGAAAUUUGCAUAGCAAUCAAGAUGUUGGAGAAAAUUUUGUUGAUGCACUAUCAUCGUCGAAAAACUUAACAACUCAAAUGUUUGAACCGGCUUGUGAUUACCUGAAAAAAAUGGAUAAUAGUUGGGAAUUAAUUCCAAACUCAGCAACUUUUAACAAUUUACAAAAGCAUUUAAAUAGUUUUAAUGGAAGCUUAAUGGAACACGAACGAUUAAGUAACUUAUCAAAUUUGGUCAGUAAUUGGUCCAUUGCACUUCCUUUUCCUGAAGCUAAUCGGAGGAUUAGUACCCCAUCAACAACAUGUCACGAUGAGAUUCUUAUAAAUUCAAAUCAUCACCCUCAAGAAUACUCAGAGUCUCACGAUUUUUCUAAUCACUCUAUGAAGCGAGAUAUAUCAAAUGCGUCAUCAUCAUGUGAAGUUACUGGAGGAAUAAGGGGCUCAGCUGGGAUUUUUCCAUGUUAUGGACAAGACGCGGAUCAAACUUCAUUUCAUGGAUCAUUUAAAACAAAUAGUUUGCUUCAACACCAAAUGGAUAAUACUCCAGUCUUAACUAGAGAGAAUGUAAAUAAUAACAACAAAUGUUAUUAUGGAUCAUCGAGACUCGAAGAACCAUGGUCCAAUAGUACGAAGAAUUUAUCGGAUAUUAUUUCAUUUAAUAGUUUCUUAAACAAGCCACUGAUGGAUAUUCAGCCUUCCAAACAUUGUUCCUCAAAAGCCUCAAAUUCAUCAGAAGCGAAGAAGCAUGCACACGAAAAUACUUCUUCGGCUAAAGGAAGUGGGAGAGGAGGUGGAAAUUCAAGUGGUGAAGGAAAGAAGAAAAGAUCUGAAGACCAUUCAGCAACGGUAUUUAAAAAGCCUAAGCAGGAUAAUUCUGCAGUUUCAUCAUCUCUCAAGGUACAAGCUCCAAAAGUCAAGCUCGGAGAUAGGAUUACUGCACUUCAACAAAUUGUAUCUCCAUUCGGAAAGACGGAUACUGCAUCUGUGCUGCAAGAAGCGAUUGGCUACAUUAAGUUUUUGCAAGAACAAGUUCAGCUACUUAGCAACCCAUACGUGAAACCAAACUCGAACAAGGAUCCAUGGGGAUUGUUAGAGAGGAAAGAUCAUGCUAAUAAUAGUAAAGGUAGUGUUGAAGUAAAACUUGAUCUGAAGAGUAGAGGACUUUGUUUGGUACCAAUAUCUUGUACUCCCCAAGUUUACAGAGAAAACAGUGGCUCGGACUAUUGGACACCUACAUAUAGAGGAAGUUUGUAUAGAUGAUGAUCCUCUAGUAUGAACGAACCCCACAAGUAUCUCUCUUUGUCUUACAUGAUCUCCACUCUCAUCUCUAGCUCCCUGUAUAUUAUAUAUAUGUAUUAGGCAUCACCCCAACCGAAAGCCCCUUCGGUGCAGAGGAAAUUUGAGUUUUGUCCAGAAGAAACCCACUUAUCUAAAAAAUCGUUCAAAAGAAACCCGUAAACAACAUGCAGUCUUCGUCAAAAUCAAAACUGAUAUUACAUGGACAGACAUAUAAUGGUUCAGAAUGAUGUGAAUAUUUUGGCACAAGCGGAAGCAGGGAUGACAUUGCCCCGAAGGUAAACUUUGAAGCAAAAUAGAUGGGGAAGCAAAAUAUGUUGUUGUCUGUUUCUAUUUCACAGGGGUAACUCAAAAGUUUUUAUUUUGCGGGUGUGAUGUGUAUAAAACUAUCAGCAGGGACUGCAGAAUGGAAAUAAUAUUAAUGUAAGGGCUUUCUAAAAUUUUGUUGUAUUAUAUAAUACUACUCUACAACACCUUUUUCCAGAAAA